GGCGGCGGCUCGGCGGCGGCUCGGCGGGAGCGAGGGCGGGAGCGGCCGAGACCAUGGCUGGAGGGAAAGCCGGAAAGGACAGCGGGAAGGCCAAGGCUAAGGCAGUGUCUCGCUCGCAGAGAGCUGGGCUCCAGUUUCCCGUGGGCCGCAUCCACAGACACUUGAAGACCCGCACCACGAGCCAUGGGAGGGUCGGCGCCACAGCCGCGGUGUACAGCGCCGCGAUCCUGGAGUACCUCACGGCCGAGGUGCUGGAGCUGGCGGGUAACGCCUCCAAGGACCUCAAGGUAAAGCGGAUCACCCCGCGCCACCUGCAGCUCGCAAUCCGCGGCGAUGAAGAGUUGGACUCCCUCAUCAAGGCAACCAUCGCCGGGGGUGGUGUGAUCCCGCACAUCCACAAGUCUCUGAUCGGAAAGAAGGGACAGCAGAAAACCGCGUAGAGCAUUGUUUUAACCAGCCCCUUCCUCCCGUCAUUGUACUGUAAUCGGGACAGAAGAAAUAAUGGGGACAUGGGGGGUUUUUAAAAAGAGGCAGAUGGAAAAGCUUAGACAAUUACUGUAGACACGAUAAGAGACAUUUGUACGUUCUUAGGCUCAAAGUUUGAUAAAGUACCUUUCCACGCGGCAGCGCUUGUGUGGUGAUUGGCUAGGUUUCUCCCGUUGUGUUUUAUACAAAAACGGAAUUGAUAAACCAUUUUUUACAAAAAGAA